AUGAAGGCCUUUUUGCUGCUGACCCUCCUUGCCUGCGUCAUUCCCAAGGGACGAGGCGAGGUUUUGGGGCGCUGUGAACUGGCUCAGACACUCCAGGAACUGGGCUUAGACGGCUACGCCGGCUACAGCCUGGCCAACUGGGUCUGCAUGGCCUUCCACGAGAGCAGCUACAACACGGACGCCACGCACUACAACGACUACGACGGCAGUACCGACUUCGGCAUCUUCCAGAUCAACAGCCGCUACUGGUGCCAGUACGACUCUCAGCCGAGUUCCAACAUCUGCGGGAUUCAGUGUUCUGAACUGCUGACAAACAACAUCGCCACCGACGUGGCUUGUGCUAAGAUGGUGGUCACCGAUUCUUCAAAUGGAAUGGGAGCCUGGGUGGCGUGGAGGGCAUACUGUCAAGGUCGGGACCUUUCUCAGUAUGUGGCAGGAUGCAACCUGUGA